AUGGAAGAGACUAUUGCUCUGCGGCGAGAGUUGUCCGAGUUGCUUGCCAAGGGAGGAUUUGAAUUGCGCAAGUGGACGUCUAACUUGCUUGGUGUGCUUUCCGGUCUGAGUGCUGACCAUACUGGCACGCAAUCAUCACUAUAUUUCGUACCCAAUGAAACGGUCAAGGCGCUUGGCAUCUCGUGGAAGCCCGAAACCGAUGAUCUAUGCUUCGAUUCGAAUGUCGGCAUCGAUGACACCUCUUCAACGAUGCGAUCGAUAUUAUCCAACAUUGCAAAAAUGUACGACCCACUCGGGUUGAUCGCACCGAUACUUGUACGAGCAAAAAUGUUGAUGCAGGAGCUAUGGUUGCUGAAAUCCGGCUGGAACGAACCUGUAGAAUUUCACACUUUCACUGAUGCCUCCGAAGCUGCCUACGGAGCAUGCACAUACGUACGCUGUGAGACCACGAAGGGAGAAGUGCAAAUCAGCCUGCUAGCGUCGAAGUCUCGCGUUGCACCUUUGAAGCGCGUCACACUGCCGAGACUGGAACUUAGUGCAGCUGUCCUGGGAGCGCACCUUCACCAUCGCAUCAAGAAUGCAAUGCAGAUUGCGUCUGCCGAAUCCAUCUUCUGGUCCGAUUCAACUGUAACCCUGAAAUGGAUUGCUUCACCGCCCAACACUUGGAAGACGUUUGUAGCGAAUCGAGUUGCGGAAGUGCAACAUUUUUCGCAUCCACGGCAAUGGCGGCACGUUCCGGGUACCUGCAACCCUGCUGAUCUGGUCUCCCGAGGCAUGUCCGCAACACACUUCAAGCAAAGCACGCUUUGGAAAUCCGGCCCAGACUGGCUAGCGCAUCCUUCAUCAUUCUGGCCCAGCUCAAACCCGGAACCGGUAGACGAUAUGGACUUAGAAACACGUCAGAAUGGUACGCAUUAUAGCCUACUGCAUACGUUUUGUGUGCAACACGAAGCAGAAAGCACGAACGCAGCAGCCAGUGUGGCAUGCUAA